GGCUGAUGCAGUACAAAGCUGCUGGUGCUGAUGCGGGAUGGCUGGGCUCUGAUUGAUGCCGAUCGGAUGGUACAUGGGGCUGGGGAUGAGGUUGCCAGGGGCAGGGAGAUGAGCUGCUGAUUGUGCCCCGGUUCUGGGUUGAUGAUUUCCCGUUAGACUGGGGGUGGGGGGAUCCGGUUCGUAUUUGAGCCCCUGGAAGGAAUCGCUAUGGCAGAUCCAGCCGAGUGCAGCAUUAAAGUCAUGUGCCGGUUCCGGCCACUCAACAAAGCGGAGAUCCAGAGGGGAGAUAAAUUCAUCCCGGUCUUCAAGGGAGAGGAUACCGUCGUGGUCGGGCCAUCCAAGCCUUAUGUGUUCGAUAAGGUGUUCCCCUCCAACACCACCCAGGAGCACGUGUACAGCGCCUGCGCCAAGCAGAUUGUCAAAGAUGUGUUGGACGGUUACAAUGGAACUAUCUUUGCCUACGGACAGACCUCCUCAGGAAAAACACACACCAUGGAGGGGAAGCUGCACGACCAUCAGAUGAUGGGAAUAAUUCCAAGAAUUGCACAUGACAUCUUUGAUCACAUCUAUUCCAUGGAUGAAAACCUAGAAUUCCACAUCAAGGUGUCCUACUUUGAAAUUUAUUUGGACAAAAUAAGGGACUUGUUGGAUGUGUCCAAAACCAACCUCGCUGUCCAUGAAGAUAAAAACAGAGUUCCGUUUGUUAAGGGUUGUACAGAGAGAUUUGUAUCCAGCCCAGAGGAGGUGAUGGAUGUAAUUGAUGAAGGAAAGGCAAAUAGACAUGUUGCAGUUACAAAUAUGAACGAGCACAGCUCCAGAAGCCACAGUAUUUUCUUAAUAAACAUCAAGCAGGAGAAUGUCGAGACAGAGAAAAAACUUAGUGGAAAGCUCUACUUGGUGGACUUGGCCGGGAGUGAAAAGGUCAGCAAGACUGGCGCUGAGGGGGCGGUGUUGGAUGAAGCGAAAAACAUCAAUAAAUCCCUCUCUGCUUUGGGGAACGUAAUCUCUGCUUUAGCCGAAGGAACUAAAACCCACGUCCCGUACAGAGACAGUAAAAUGACCCGGAUUCUACAGGAUUCCCUCGGUGGAAACUGCCGGACCACCAUUAUAAUCUGCUGCUCUCCAUCUAUUUUCAAUGAAGCGGAAACAAAGUCAACGCUAAUGUUUGGGCAGAGGGCGAAGACCAUUAAGAACACUGUGUCUGUCAACCUGGAGCUGACGGCGGAGGAAUGGAAGAAGAAAUAUGAGAAAGAGAAGGAUAAAACCAAAUCUCUUAAGAACAUCAUUCAGCAUCUUGAGAUGGAGCUGAACAGAUGGAGGAGGGGAGAAGCUGUGCCUGUAGAUGAGCAGACAAGUGCAAAAGACCAAAAGACCCUGGAACCAUGUGACAACACCCCAGUCAUCGAUAAUGGACUGGUUGGCGCAACCAACAUCUCCUCUGAGGAGAAGAAGAAAUACGACGAAGACAUUGCUUCUUUGUACGGACAACUGGAUGAUAAGGAUGAUGAGAUUAAUCAGCAGAGCCAGCUGAUAGAGAAACUCAAGCAACAAAUGCUGGAUCAGGAAGAGCUUUUGGCAUCAACGAGGAGAGAUUACGAGAAGAUCCAGGAGGAGCUGACGCGCCUUCAGAUAGAGAACGAUGCAGCCAAGGAUGAGGUGAAGGAGGUGCUUCAGGCGUUGGAAGAGCUAGCUGUCAACUAUGAUCAGAAAUCUCAGGAAGUGGAGGACAAGACAAAGCUUAAUGAACAGCUUUCAGAAGAACUGACCCAAAAAACAACCAACCUGACUGUCACUCAACGUGAGCUAAGUCAGCUUCAGGAGCUAAGCAACCAUCAGAGGAAACGCACUACCGAAAUCCUCAACUUGCUGCUCAAGGACCUUGGAGAAAUCGGAGGAAUUGUUGGCACCAACGAUGUCAAAACACUGGCAGAAGUGAAUGGAGUCAUUGAAGAGGAGUUCACCAUGGCUCGCCUAUACAUCAGCAAGAUGAAGUCAGAAGUCAAGUCGUUGGUCAACCGCAGCAAGCAACUGGAAAGCGCUCAGAUAGAGGCAAACAGGAAGAUCAAUGCCAGUGAGAAAGAACUCGCCGCGUGCCAGCUACUGAGCUCCCAGCACGAGGCGAAGAUUAAAUCCCUAACAGAUUACAUGCAGAACAUGGAGCAGCGCAGGAGGCAGCUGGAAGAGGCCCAGGAUGCACUUAAUGAGGAGCUGGCGAGACUCCAUGCCCAAGAAAAAAUGCACAAGGUAUCAUUUCAGGACAAAGAAAAGGAACAUCUGACAAGACUCCAGGAUGCUGAAGAAAUUAAGAAAACUUUGGAGCAGCAAAUGGAAAGCCACAGGGAAGCCCACCAGAAGCAGCUGUCUCGCCUACGCGACGAGAUCGAGGAGAAGCAGAAGAUGAUUGAUGACUUGAAAGACCUGAACCAGAAGCUGCAGCUCCAGCUGGACAAGCUGACAUCUGACUAUGAGAAGCUGAAGACAGAAGAGGAGCAGAGGGAAGAAGACCUGCAGAAGCUUGUGCUUCUGAAUGAGAAAAGGGAACAAUCACGUGAAGACCUUAAAGGCCUGGAAGAAACAGUGGCCCGGGAACUCCAGACUCUGCACAAUCUGCGCAAACUUUUCAUUCAAGACCUCGCCCUCCGAGUGCAAAAGCGAGUGGAACUGGACAGUGAUAACGGAGGGGGAAGCGCUGCCCAGAAGCAGAAAAUCUCCUUUCUUGAAAACAACCUUGAGCAGCUCACUAAAGUGCACAAACAGCUGGUUCGGGAUAAUGCAGAUCUGCGCUGUGAGCUUCCAAAACUGGAGAAACGCCUUCGCGCUACAGCUGAGCGAGUCAAGGCCCUGGAGGGUGCACUGAAGGAAGCCAAAGAGAACGCAAUGAGGGACCGCAGGAGAUACCAGCAGGAGGUGGACCGCAUUAAGGAGGCAGUAAGAGCAAAGAACAUUGCAAGGAGAGCGCCCUCUGCCCAGAUUGCCAAGCCAAUCCGCCCUGGACAUUACCCAGCAUCCUCUCCAACUGCAGUUCAUUCCAUCCGAGGGGGAGGUGGAUCAACCCAUUCUUCCUACUACCACCACCACUCAAAAUAAAUGAGAAAGAAGAGCAUCGCUCAGCAUGUGAAGGCACUGCCAUCAUCGUCGCCAUCUUGCCAACCUCACACGUGUAGCUCGCACCUUCCCGCGCUCUCUACAAUCAUUCGACGUCUCCCAAGAUCACGGCAUCUCGAGCUUCACCAGAGCCAUCGCUGUGUAGAUCUCUCCGCCUGUGUAAUGUAACCACGCAUAGCCAUCAGCGGGUGCUGCAAAGAGCUCCUCCCCUUUUUGUAGACCCCUCCCAUCAGUUACAUACGAGACACCGCCAUUCCCUUGUUGUGAUGUCACAGCCUCCCUGGCAGAGUACAGCCAAUGAAUGUAACGGGAGAGUGUGCGCAUCACAACUGUAUACUAUUUUAUAUAUUUACGGAAUGAAGGAAUAGCGCUGCUCUCCCGCUGUCAGCCAUUUUAUAUAGGUUCAAUUCCCUAAACUUUUUUCAUAGUCAUUAAAUGGGAAACAUUUAGAAAUCAAGGGGAAGUAGUACUUAGAAAUGUAAUUACAAAAACUCUUGGUCAGAAAAUGGCCUUGGGUAUAAAUACAAAGAAAAAGAUA